AUGGCAUCGACUUUGAUAUCAUCAAAAUCAAAUUCAAAAAAAUCAUCCACUAAUAAUACAGCAACAAGUGAUAAUUCAAAUGAAACGCCUAUUACAGAAGAAGAAUUAAAAAAGAAAGAAACACCAAUAACAAUUAAUGAUGUUCUUCGAUUAAGAAAAGCUACUAAUGGUUAUUUAACUGACACAGAUGACAAUGUAUAUAAAAUUGAUUUUGUCCAUUUUCGAAUUCGUGAUAUGAAAACAAAUAAAAUUCUUUUUGAAGUUGAACGAGGAUCUGAUGACAAUGAAUUAAAUGAAGAAGUUGAUCCAUCGGCAGGUCGUUUUGUUCAAUAUCAUUUUCCAUCAUCAUUUUUUAAACUGAAACAAAUCGGUGCUUUAGUUGAUUUUACUGUGGGUGAUCGAGAAGUAAAAUCAUUUCGAAUGAUUGAACGCCAUUAUUUUCGUGAUCAAUUAAUUAAAUCAUUUGAUUUUGAUUUUGGUUUUUGUCCACCAAAUACUCGAAAUUCCAUUGAACAUAUUUAUGAUAUGCCUGAAUUUGAUUCCAAACAAACUAAAGAAAUGAUUGAAUUUCCAAAUGAAACUAAAUCAGAUAGUUUUUAUUUUGUCGAUAAUCAAUUAAUCAUGCAUAAAAAAGCAACAUAUGCAUUUGAUCUUGAUCGUUCGCAUUAA